AUGGCCGAACCAGACUUCGACGUUGCUCUCGACAACGGUCUUCGGUACGGAUGGCUGCAAUUUUGCACUACAGCGGAGACGAUGGAAAUCAUACUACGCAGUCAAGCCUUUGCACUCGAGACGCGCCCCGUGGAAACCAGGUUUGAGCUAGCUUCAAGACUGGAGAGUAUAGACGCUGCCAAUUUCCUCAAAUGGGUUGGUUUGAACUCCUCAGAUCCAAUGCUUGCCGUCCUGCGUAACAGCAAAGGGAAGACUGUGCUCCAUGUUAUUGCACACCAUCUACGAAUAUACUCGGCCUGGAGCGAUAAAUACAGUCGAGAUAUCCAGGGAUGGCUUGACCUCGGUGUUACUGUCUUGAAGAACGGGGCAGAUCCGUCCAGUGUUGCAGAACAGGAUGGAAAGCCAUGGCUGACCAGUCCAGAGAUACUUGAGACAGAGAAUGGACCUUCGCCCCGAGCUCCCGGUUGGUCUCCUAGGGAGACGCUCUACACGCCCCUCCUUCUGGGCUUAGCCAUGAUUCCUUACUACGGUGACUUCGGGCACCCCGAAUGCCUCAAGCACAAACUGCCAUACCUGCGCCUGUGGUCCAAGAUGGUGCAAUGUGCAGGUUUGGACCUAUGUGAUUAUGGCGCAAGUGAAAGUGAAUUUUGGAGGUCGAUUGUGGGCCGUCUAUCGGACUCUGGGUCCGGUUACACGCCGUUCAAGGUGGAGCUUCUGUAUGGAGCUACGCCAGAGGAAUGGAGUUUCCAAGCCUACCAUACGUGGUCAAACCCCCUCUACAGGCUACAACCACCGCCGGGAGCAUUCCCUGAGUCGCCUUGGGUACCAUCAACAAUUGCAUGGUUGCCGACACAGAUGGAGGAAGAUGAGGGACCCUGGACACUCGUUGAGGAUAAGCAACACAUCACCAACGAUGGUGACAUCACAGAUUUGAUCCAGCAUUCGACAGAGCCUUUCGAAGACCUCAUGGAUUCCUAUCAAGACGACGCCGGAGUCAUCAUGCUCAUGCAGUACAGUGCCUCGCGCCGACGGAGCACUAAAGCGAGGUCACACAGCGAGCCUCCCUGUCUACGUCGGAAGGAGCUCGGUGACUGCGAAAGGCAAGAAUCGUGGCGCUGGUGGUUGCCACCUUAUCAUUUUUGCCCCGAGCUUCCGUCUUGGAGGUUCGGCUGGACUGGAGGUUGUGUCAAGGGCAUCCAUACGGCGUGCUCGUCGGUUCAACAGUCGAGGAAUUGGCACUAUCACAGCUUCCUGGCGGAAAUUGCCGACUGCCAGAAUGACGUCGUCUGUACUGGAAGCACUACAUAUCAUCACCCUCGUUGCCGUUGGCCAGCGGGCUGCAGGAAUUUCCACCUUGAGCGACUGAAUGUACCUGAAGAUCUGCGUGACGAUCACCCUCGUCGCCGGUACUUCCCUAACGAUGAAGACAACGGUGAGAAUGGCGGCUCUGUAGAAGGAUAA